ACUAAUAUGAACAGAAUGUGAGGCAGACCUCAUUCUCCUCUGAAACUGCAAAAGUCUGUUUUCUGUUUUUGCAAAUACAGAUCUCACUAAAAGCCAUCAUAGUAGUGCUCAAAGUAUGGGAAGUCAACCCAUGCAACAUCUCAUAGGAAAUGUGGCUUUUGGCAAUGAGCUCAGUGGCUGUUUGUGCAUGACCAUGAAUUGCUUGAGCACAUCUCAGCAAGGACUUGCUGCUGCCCUCCCUUCCUCAGCCAGUCCUGGCCUCUGCCUGGCUGCUGCUGUUGUUUCUGUGGGACAGCAGUGGCUCCCUGAGAGUCCCUGGGCCCCAGGCACUCUCCAUCUGCCUGCUUCCAUCUCUCCACAAAAGUUCUCUUCUCUGCCCUUUCCUAAAGUGUGGAGGAGAAGAGCAAGGUUAGAAACAAAAAUUCCCUGCUUGGUGUAAGAGAGAGCUGCCAGAGUCAGGAGUGUAGAGCUGGAGCAGCUGGACGUGCAGUCCCUGGAAAGCAUCGCUCUCCCGGGAGCCCACGGUGCUGGGGUAGUGCUGCCUGCUGCCAGCACUGCCACGUUCUGAGAGCUUCUGUCAUGUCUGUGUCUUUGCAGGGAUGACAAGGUAGGCAUGAAACUGUGCUCUCAGACACUUGCUGUCUUUCUGUUCUGUUUUUUGUACUGUGCCAGGGUCAGGGCUCACCCAGGAGGCUGUCUGUGCUUUGACUCCUCCAGGACAGUGCUACUUGUUGACUCUCUGGCAACAUGAGGAUGUAUCUGUGUGCAGAGCAGGGCAGCAGUGCACCUCUCUAGGUUUUGCCAUCUUGAGUGGCACAGCCAUGAGCUGUUGGGGUUUUUUUUUUGUUUUGUUUUUUCUCUAGCUAGUUACAGUCUUUUACCCACUGUUGAGCAAUGCUUUCUUUCUUCUCAAACCUAAUAUAUGUUUUCUGGACAAAUAAGGUCUAUUUCUUUGCUAGGAAAAAUGUGAUGCAUCUCUCUGCUGAUAAACAUAGUGUGGCUCUUUAUCAGAGGCUCCUUAAAUGCAUAAUAAAACGGCCCAGUGUACACACAUGGGUCACCUGCACCAAUUACCUCCCUGCAUGCUGAUUUAUCGGUUGAGGGCUUUUUAUGGUGCUUGCUUAGAAGGAGAGAGAUGGAGCGUGAUAAACUGAUAAACCCCGUCAGGCUGAUGCUUUAGUACAGGAUAUGUUGCUGCUGUGUUUUUUAAUGUCAUUUGAGUCAUUCAGUCUCAUUGAUAUUUCCUUUACAUUAAUGCUUCUGCCUGUCAUCAAUCUGGUUAGCUGAUACAGUGGCAGGUGCGACUAGGUAGGCACAUUAUUAGAACUGGAAAACCUAUGUUUUUGUCCAGAAAUUAUCUUUUGUUUCCUUGAAGCCUCUGUGAAUUACUAACUAGAACUGGGCCUCCAUACUGUCAUUUCCCUCUUUCCAGCUGGUAUAAAGAGGUUGGGUCAUGUGUGGUUAUUACAGGAUUUUUAUUAACCUGACUCUUCCAGAUAUUGUGGGACUUUUUUUUUUCCAGUUAGAUUAGCUGAAAUGUGCUCUCCUGUUAGCAUUCAGCUAACUGGACCAUUGUUAGGUGGUGGAGUCACUGUACACACCAAGGCAGCUGGGAGUGGAGAAGGUUUUAGAGGCUGUACCAAAAUACCAGCCUAGAAAGCAGCGAAGGACACAGCCUCUGCAGCUUGCAUUUGUUUUCCACUCUGCCUUGCUUCCAGGGAGAUCUGCUCUGUCACCUCCGUUGGUGUGAACUCAGACCAAAGAAGCACUGUCUAAAGGGCCAAGAGCUUCCUCAGUUCCCAAUUUAGCUGCAAGCAUGUCAUGUUCUCUCCAACUCCCCCGCAGUGCUGGGGACCCUGUCACAAGGACAGAGUCCACAAGCCAUUAGCCUUUUCCUCUCUGCAGGGAAUGUGAGGGAAGGGGUUGAUCCACCCUAAAAGGUGGUUUUUAAAGCUGUUUGACCCUCUGAUUCAAUUAGUUUGCCCAAAAUAAUUAUUAGAAAAGAGCCCAGGCAUAAUACCAUGACUCUUUUCCCUGCAUGCCUGACUUUGAGCUGAAGCCUUUACAGAGCAGGAUACAAAAUUUUUUUGCCGUAUGUAACCACGGUGCAACUCUGAUUUUUGACCUUGUGUAAACUCCUUAACCAUGAAGCCUGUGGGGUGAGACCCUCCUCUCAAAGACAGUACUUCCCAGGAGCAUGCAGGAGGAGCAUGUUUAACUUUAGAACAGGAAGAGUGACCAGCUCACAGCAUGCCCUUUCCCUCUGUGCAGAGAGAUUAUGGAGCUACCUUAAAUGAGCUCGGCUAGGACUCUUAUCUUGGCCUUUGCAAACUAGCAGAAAGUUGAAGUGAUGACAGCAGAUAAGGGUGCUUGCUUUUGAAGCUUAUUGGCCGGUUCUCUGAACUUUUUUUCCCCCUGAGAGCCAGUCAUUCAGAGGUACAGCUGGCACAGCCUGAUUGUUCUGUCCCACCAUGGAGCGGACACGAGGGGCCGGGGUCUAGAAGGGCAGAUCUUGUGUCACAGCCGGCUCAGCCGUGUCACCUGCCUGGGGACGGGACCUGCGUAACGCCGUCAGCUGAGAGAAGCCCGGGCUCCUGCUUUCCUUGACCUUUCUUCACCUUGGAGAAGUGCAGAAUGGAUCCUGGUUGGUAACUCCCCACCUCCUCGGCCUCGGGACAGUGAGGAAAGUUCUGCAGUGCUUGUGGUGGGAGCGAGGGAGCUGGGCUGGUUGACAGCAGGCUCACACAUUAAACCAUCGUAUCAAACGCGCGCCGCGCUCUGACAAGAAAUGUAACCCGAGGAGAAAGGACACCAGUGUGUUUGAGCACGCUGAGGGAUUCUUGUAUGACUUGUUACUCUUUCAGUGCUGUAGCCUGAGCAGGUCUUACUGGUUUUUACUGAAGUGGUGGGAGCUGAAUGGGGUGUGGGCUCGUUUCUAUUCGUCCACAAGCAUCUCUACAAUCUUCUCUUCUCUUUUUUAAUUCCCCCCUGGAUAUAAAUCAGAGAAAUUGUGUCCACCGAGUUUGCUGCCACCUGGGCUCAACCCAGCUGAACCAAUUUUGGAGGAAACCCUUGCUGCAAUCGUCUGGACGUGCUCCUAGAAGGAGAAGAAACUAAAGGAAUUUGGCAUCGUUGCUGUAGUUUGAGGAAAAACAUUCCUUCUGGCUUUGGAGAGAGCUACAGAGAGGAUCUGUGUCAUGUCCUGAUCUCCCUCCAUUUUCCUGCUGAGCAUGGGGUAACAGUGUGUGACCAUGGUGGUCACCCAGUUACAGCUGGAACUGUGCUUCCACGGCAAGAAGCUGAGAGGUUUCACCUGCAAGUUGACCAGGUCAGCCAGUGGAUUUCUCCCAGAGACUUCAUUCUCCAUUGCCUCCCAGAUUUUUGUGCCAUUCCUUCUGGCUGGCUUGGGAAUGGUAGCUGCUGGCCUCUUGAUGGAUGUUGUUCAACACUGGGACGUGUUCCGGACAAUCACAGAAGUGUUUAUCCUGGUUCCUGCCUUGGUUGGCCUGAAGGGAAAUCUGGAGAUGACACUGGCAUCCAGGCUCUCCACUGCUGCUAACACUGGACAGAUGGAUGAUGCCCAGAAGCAGUGGAAAAUGGCCACCUGCAAUUUAGCCCUUAUCCAGGUCCAGGCCACUGUGGUGGGACUCCUGGCUGCUGUUGCUGCUGUGAUCCUGGGAGCCAUCUCCAAGGGCUCUGUGGAGCUGAGCCAGGCUGCUGUGCUGUGUGCCAGCAGCGUGACCACGGCCUUCAUAGCUGCACUUUCCCUUGGUCUGGUGAUGAUUGGUGUGAUCAUUGGAGCAAGGAAAGUUGGGAUCAAUCCAGACAAUGUCGCCACACCCAUAGCAGCGAGCCUGGGAGAUUUGAUAACCCUUUCCCUCCUGGCAGGAAUCAGCAGCACACUCUUCAAAUACAUAGAUGUGAAGUACCUUUCUCCUCUGAUCUGUGCUGUAUUCAUUGUCAUGAUCCCUCUCUGGGUUGCUAUUGCCAAGCAAAGUCCUUCCCUGGCCGAAGUCCUGAAGUCUGGGUGGCAGCCGGUUAUUGUUGCCAUGAGCAUCAGCAGCAUUGGUGGGCUCAUCCUGGACAAAACUGUAACUGACCCAAACUUUGAAGGCAUGGCAGUUUUCACACCUGUGAUUAACGGUGUUGGAGGGAAUCUGGUUGCCAUCCAAGCCAGCCGAAUUUCUACAUUCCUGCACUUCUGGAGCAUGCCUGGAGUUUUGCCAUACAAGAUGAGGCAGAAUUGGCCCAACCCAUGCACCACAUUCUUCUCAUCAGGGGUGAAUUCCAAGUCAGCCCGGGUCCUGUUCCUCCUGGUUAUCCCAGGGCACCUCGUGUUCCUCUACACCAUCCAUUUGCUGCAGGGAGGCCACACAUCCCUGUCCUUCACCUUUGUGAUGUUCUAUCUGGCUGCUGCUUUGCUCCAGGUGGGGAUCCUGCUCUACGUGGCUGACCUGAUUGUGCGCCUGAUGUGGAGGAAGGCUCUGGACCCAGAUAAUUUCUCCAUCCCCUACCUCACUGCCCUGGGGGACCUCCUGGGCACUGGAUUCCUGGCCAUCUGUUUCCGCCUGGUUUGGCUCAUCCACGGCACAGACAUGAACCUGGGCAACUGAGAGUCCCUGUGCUGCUCUCGUCCCUGGUGUGACACGGUGCUUCCCUCCGGGCCACGGGGGUACCUGGCACUCAGUGCUGGCUCACCUGGCUGGGCUGGGCUCCCCUGGCAUACCUGGCACUCAGUGCUGGCUCACCUGGCUGGGCUGGGCUCCCCUGGCACCCCGACACCCACCUGCCCUGCCCUCUGUGCCUUACAGCCUGCCCAGCCCGAGGGAUCAGCACCCACAAACUCCUGCCCUUGCAAGGGAGCAAAGCGGAUUUAAGGAGCUCCCCCUGCUCACGCCUGGCAAACAAGGCAACAAGGAGCAUUUGGGCCACUGGGGAGGAAGGAAUGAAGGAAGGAAGGAGCAUUUGGGCCAUGGUCUCAAUCCCCAGCACUGUCACAGCCCCGAGGCUGCUCCAAAGCCUGCCGAGGUCACUGCGUCUGAUCCUGCAAGUGGAUGUUGCAGCCCCUCCAUCAGACUGUGACUUUCCACCAAGGGAAAUUCUUUAUUCACCCCACUUUUCUCCUGCUCCUGGAGUAGCAGAGCAACCAGGUCUUUAAACUUGUCUUGUCUCCAUCACUCAGAGGCUCAGAAUCUGAGGCAGUGAGCUGCUGGCUCAUGCCCAGUGGAGGUUAUCUAGGGAUACCACCUACCUGCCCUGGCAGCAUUGCUGGUGUCUGACCAAAAAGCUGGUUAGAUUGCAUUUUGGGGGCAGGAAGGUUUGUUUUUAUGGUUUAUGAAAUGUCCAGUAGUUAAAAUGUUUAUAGAAACACACACAUAAAUAAAGUGGAUAAAAAAAAAAAGA